AUGUCCUACUCUGAUGAAGACAAAGAAAGUUUCUAUCAAGAACUGAAGAACUGUUUAGAAAAAGUCCCAAAGGAAGAUAAACUCCUGGUACUUGGUGACUUCAAUGCACGUAUUGGGGAUAAUGAAGAAUCAAUCCAAAAGCUAUUAAAUGAAAAAGAUGUGCUUUUCAAAAAACACCUGAACGUGAACUCGGAAAAGAGUAAAGCUGACUUCAAGAUGAGGAAGCCGCUGGUGGAGAAGAAGCGGCGCGCGCGCAUUAACGAAAGCCUGCAGGAGCUCCGGGGUCUGCUGACCGACACCGAGUUGCAUGCAAAGAUGGAGAACGCAGAAGUGCUGGAGCUGACGGUGAAGCGGGUGGAGAGCAUCCUCCGGGACCGGACACCUGAGGCGGACAGGAUGGGUGGGGAGGUCAGUGAGCGCUUCACCGCGGGAUACAUCCAGUGCAUGCACGAGGUUCACACCUUCGUGUCCACGUGCCCCGGCAUCGACGCCCCGGUAGCGGCGGAACUUCUCAACCACCUGCUGGAGCGCCUGCCGUUAAACGAGGACCUGCAGGGCGGCAUCUUUGAUCUCGGGUCCGAGCUUCUGCCUCCUACGGGAGCGCGCGCACCGGCUCUGUCCCCGAACUCCGCCCUGGAGGAGACCUUCAGCGGGUCAGCUCCGGGCUCGGGGGGGCGGGAGGAGGAGCAGGAGGACCGGAGCUCCGCCCCUUACUGCACGUCCUUGUGGAGACCGUGGUAGAGCCACGAGCGCACCGGAAACACCUGUACACUGACGCAAUAACCGGAAUUAAUUAAUGCAAAUCAACAAAAAAUACUUUACACAUUUUAGGGAUGCUGCAGCACAUCAGGUUUAUAAUAACACACACACACACACACA